UUAAUCCAGCUUUAAAAACCUUUUCUUUAAAGACAAGACAAUCUUCACAAAUGCAUUUGUAUGUAUGUGUCGUGUUGUCUGUAAUAUUCCCUCCCAAUCCAUAAGCUCUCAACAUGGAAGAAACAUAUCUGACAAAUAUAGAAGGCGUUAAGAAGACGAUUCUUCACGGAGGAACUGGUGAACUACCAAAAUUUCUCACCGGAUCCAAAGCCACGUUUCAUUUCCGGACGAUAAAAUGUGACGGGGAUCGGACGGUCAUCGAUGACAGUAAGCAAGUCGGCCGGCCCAUGGAAAUAGUUCUGGGCAACAUGUUCAAGAUGGAGGUCUGGGAAAUUCUCAUCGCAUCCAUGAGGAUCGCAGAGGUUGCUGAGUUCUGGUGCGAUGUGAUCCACACAGGACUGUAUCCGACGGUCGCCAAGAGUCUGCGGCGGGUUGCCGAGGGAAAGGAUGCCACCGACUGGCACAUCCACACCUGUGGUCUGGCCAAUAUGUUUGCCUACCACAGCCUGGGAUACGAUGACCUGGAUGAGCUGCAGAAAGAGCCACAGCCUCUCAUCUUCAUCAUUGAACUCCUCAAGAUCGAGUCACCCAGCGCGUACAAGCGGGAAACCUGGGCCCUGAACGACAAUGAGAAACUGCAGGCCGUUCCCCUGCUACACGGCACGGGCAACAAGCUCUACAAACUCGGCAGGUAUCCACAGGCGCUGGCAAAAUACCGCGAGGCAGUUAUCUGCCUCAUCAACCUCCAAGUAAAGCUGAAGCCCUGGGAGAUUCAGUGGCUGAAACUGGAGAAGAUGGUGGUCACUCUAGUUUUGAACUACUGCCACUGUCUCUUGAAGAUGGAAGAGUAUUACGAAGUGUUGGAACAAACCACCGACAUCCUCAACAAGCACCCAGGCACGGUCAAAGCCUACUUUCUUCGGGCCAAGGCCCAUGCAGAGGUGUGGAAUGAAGCACAGGCCAAAGCAGAUUUUGACAAGGUUUUGGAGUACGACAUCGGAAUGGCCAAAUCCGUGAAGAAGGAGCUACGGAUGCUAGAUUCCAGAAUGAGGGAUAAGGAAGAAGAGGAAAAGCUGCAAUUCAAGAGGAUGUUUCAAAAAUGAAUUUGCCACCAAACCAUGAAAAUGCACCAUUGUGGUCAAUGAGACCUUACAAAAAGUGUAGUCAACCUGUUUUCAAUUGGAGAGUCUUUCUCUUUCAAGCUUUUUCCAUUUGUUGAACCUAAACCUUCUUAACGUGUUAGACAGAACUAUUUCAAUAGGCAUUGAGAUGUGGGGAGAUAUUAUUCUUUAGUAGACAUU